UAUCUCUUAUAUGAGAUACAAAAGAAGUGCAUAUCAACAACAUAUACACAUAGCAGACAGAAAGAGAGAAGGAAAUGGAUUCCAAGAUAGUUGAAGCUACUGAUAAGCCUCAUGCAGUUUGUAUUCCAUACCCAAUGCAAAGCCACAUAAAGGCCAUGCUAAAAUUUGCAAAGCUUCUCCACGGUAAAGGUUUUCACAUAACCUUUGUCAACACUGAGUUCAACCACCAACGUUUUCUGAAAUCUCGAGAUCCCAAGUCCUUAGAUGGUUUGCCUGACUUCCAAUUCAAAACCAUUCCAGACAGCCUUCCUCCGUCGGAUUCCAACGCUUCCCAAGACAGUAAUGCUCUUUGCGAAUCCGUUAUGAAAAACUUCUUGGCUCCAUUUUCAGACAUCCUUGUCAAACUCAACACUACAACUUCAAACAAUCUUCCAGUAACUUGCAUUAUCUCAGAUGCUGUCAUGGCAUUCACUUACACUGCUGGUCGAGAACUUGGAAUCCCUGUUGUAAUGCUCUUCGCCAUCUCAGCUUCCAGCUUAAUGGAUAUUAUGCAGUCUCCUCUUUUCACGGAAAAAGGCCUUACACCCCUUAAAGAUCCAAAUGACCAUGUCUUAAAAGUGACCAUUCAAGUAGUAGAGACAAAUCCUAAAGCUGCAGGAAUCGUUGUUCACACAUUUGACGCAUUAGAACAAGAAGCUUUGGAUGCUCUCUCCCCCAUGUUUCCUCGUGUAUAUGCCAUUGGCCCUCAGCAACUACUACUCAAUCACUUACCCAAUGACCCUCUGAAGUCAACUGGGUAUAGUUUAUGGAAAGAAGAAACUGAGUGCCUCGAUUGGCUCAACUCUAAGGCACCAAACUCUGUGAUUUAUGUAAACUUUGGCAGCGUUAUUGUCAUAACACCACAGCAGCUGGUUGGGUUUGCUUGGGGACUUGCAAAUAGCAACUUCAUGUUUCUGUGGAUCAUUAGGCCUGAUUUAGUUGUUGGUGAUUCGGCGAUUUUGCCACGUGAGUUCGUGGAAGAAACUAAAGGAAGAGGACUAAUAGCUAGUUGGUGCCCUCAAGAGGAAGUGCUGAACCACUCCUCCAUUGGAGGGUUCUUAACUCACUGCGGGUGGAAUUCAAUUAUGGAAAGUUUGUGUGCAGGAGUGCCAAUGCUUUGUUGUCCAUUUGAUUGGGAUCAGCCAAGAAACUGCAAGUAUGCUUGCAAUGAAUGGGGCAUUGGCAUGGAGAUUGAUAAGGGUGCCAAGAGAGGGGAAUUGGAGAAGAUUGUGAGAGAGUUGAUGGAGGGAAACAAGGGUAAGAAAAUGAAGCAAAAGGUCAUGGAGUGGAAAAAAUUGGCCGAAGAGGCCACUGGUCCACAUGGGUCGUCGUCCAUCAACUUAGACAAGUUGGUGAAUGAAGUGCUUUUAUCAAAAGCAUAGAUGUUUUAGAAGAAAGUGACAAUAAUGAUUAAUUUGGGUAUACUCUGUUACCAAAAGAAAGUUUUCUUGGUGCAGUUGUUUGAUUGCUGCCCAAGGGUUUGACUUGCCAUGGUGUUCAUGGGAGAAAAUCAGCUAAAUUUAAUAUGCACGUAGAGAUCAAGACCAAGACCCAGCAUUAAAUAUCUUUUACACCAAACACGUUGAUAUAUAUCAACUAUUUAUGUCAGCAUUAAUGAUUUUAUUUUUAUUUUUUUUCCUAAUAAAACAGAACCACUCCACCUGCUUCUAA